GAAAAUGGUGGACGAAAAUUUGUUCUAGAAGUCAACAACCCUGUUGAUGGAGAAGUCUAUUAUACAACAAGUAUAGCAGAUAAUAGAACUAUUGUAAUUCAAGAUAAAGGAUCGUUAAACAUAAACUUAAAUGAAGAACCGUUUUUGUGUCAGUUAACAGAUACUGGUGUACAACUGGUGUGUAGUAUAGGAUGCAGUAAACCAGAACCAAAAUUAACAUGGAAAUUUACAUCUAAUAUGGGUGGAACACUACAAGAUUUAUCAGGAGGAGUGGAAUCUGUUAUUACAGGUUGUUCACCUGGAUACGUUUCUAAAACUAGCACUAUAACUAUAUCAAACAAAACACCUGUACUGGGUGGUCUAGAUGGCUAUACAAUAAUAUGUGAGGCUUCUUAUCCUGAUUGUAAUAUACCUACAACAACUGAUCAAUUUAACACGUCUUGUUCUGUUCGACCGGUUGUACAUAUAGAACCAUCAACCAGUCCAUAUAAAGUCAUAGAAGGGGGACCACUCGUGUUGACUUGUCAAGUAAGCAAUUCUGAUUUAGCAGUGCCAUCUGUUGUUUAUAAAUGGAAUAAGAAUGGUGUACAGAUCUCAGCUCAAAGUUCAUCUAUAUAUAGAGUAGAAUCAGUACAGAGAUCACAAACAGGAAGUUAUACCUGUACAGGUAGUAAUAGCGGUGGAUCAGGUAGAUCAUCUACACCUGUACAACUUGAUGUUUUAUUCGGUCCCAUGGUAAAUGUAUCAGUUUAUUCUGUAACUAAAACAGAGAAUGAUGACCUUCAGUUGAUCUGUACCGUUGAAUCUAAUCCAUCACCAUCAACGUUUAAAUGGUAUAAACCAGAUGGUAACAGUGUUAAUGUAUCUCCUAAUAGACGACUUGAUAUAUCUAGAAUUACCAGGAAUCAGGGUGGUAUAUAUAGAUGUGAAGCUACUACUACUCUAGUACCAAAUAAUGGUAGUCCUAUAACUAGAUCUCACAAUAAAACUAUAGAUGUUACUGUACUGUACCUCGAUCCAGUAACUUUAAUACCAACUGGAGAUAAACUGACUAUAAAUGAAGGAGAUUCAACCAAUAUCACGUGUUCUACUAACAGUAGCCCUGUAGCCUUGAUUACCUGGUACAAAGGUACAAUCCAAAUAUCAUCUAAACAAACCAUCAUAGAUACCUUUACUAUACAACAAAGUACAUGUCUGGAUACUGGUGACUAUACUUGUCACGCUACCAAUACUGAGAUACCAAGGGUUCAAUACAACCAAACAUUGAAUGUAUUUAUUAACUGUUCACCAAGACAAGAUACUAGAGUUAUAACAACAUCUAUAGUUAGUGGUAAUAUAAGAGAUAUAGUACAACUGGUAGCUGAUGUUAUAUCCUAUCCACCACCAACCUUCACCUGGUAUUAUAAUAAUAUAACUACUGGAGAUGUUGAACCUAUCUAUAAUGACGAUGUCUUUAAACAGAUUGAUACCAAUAUCUCUAUCAAUACUUAUAGAUCAACAUUAAAUAUCAACAUUACAUCCAACAUCUACUAUACAUCAUAUACAGUCAAUAUAUCUAAUAAUAUUGGUUAUACAGAACUAGAGUAUCACGUUACAGGUCAAUCUAAACCUGAUGUACCCUCUAACAUCAACUCAUCAGUACCGAGUCAUGACAUUAUCUGUAUUACAUGGAUACCAGGAUUUAAUGGUGGAGAUCAACAGGAAUUUAUUGUUGAACAUUCAGUAGAUAAUAAUACCUGGACUAGUUCUACACCUCUACCAGAAUCUAAACCUGAUUAUUGUAUAAAUAAUCUACAAGCUGAUACAUCAUAUUAUAUUAGAGUUAUAGCUAGAAAUAAAUAUGGUGAUAGUCAACCAGUUUAUCUGAUAUCACCUAAUGGUUCUUCUACAGUACGGACUAUGAAGAUAGGUAAGAAUGAUCUGCCUAUUGCAAGUCUUUCUUUAGGCCUGAAAUGUUAUCCAAAUUAUUAAU